UAAUGCAGAACCAUAUCACUAAGGUUAUGGAUAAACCUGAAGAAGGAUUUGUUGUGCCAGUUGAUAUCUACUUCAACCUAUGCAAUAUUGCUAGUCACUUCAUCGAGGGACAACAAGAAGACGCCCAUGAGUUCCUUCGCUAUACUAUCAAUGCACUGCAACAGGCUUGUCUGAGCGACAGCCAAUAUGCAAGGACAACUUUCAUUUCUCAAGUGUUUCAGGGAUGCCUACGUUCAAGAGUGACGUGUCUGAACUGUACCGAGGCAUCUGACACCUAUGAUCAGUUUAUGGACAUACAGCUGGAUAUUAGGGUACAUCAAUUUUCCAGAUACAAUAAUAUUUAUUUGUUAUAUAUUUUAGCUUGCAUAAGAAGCUAAUGUUCUCUUUUUUUUAA